AUGGAAAAUUUGCCCGUCGAGCGGGUCAAUGUGAACCCAGCGCUAAUGAUGAGGCCAUGUAACGCUGUCCGCCGGCUCUCUCGUGCUGUUGCCCUUGUUGAGAUCUUGCCCAUCUCGUCGACAUAUCGCUCUCACCUUCGAGGUCUUCCUGACUCCACCUACGACAUGCCUACGCCCUCGACAUCUCGCACCCACCGCUCUCAACCCUGCUCGCUCGUAUCCUUCUCAACAACGUGUAUGCAAGCAGCAGAACACUCCAGGCUUCUUCCAUGUUCAUCAGACCGCGCUCCGGACCUCGGCAUUGCGUUUUCACCUUCCCAAGGCGCGCGCGACCCCCAGCCCGUGAUCCCUGCCGACUGCCUACUGCGUCCCCAAGCCCGACUGCAAGCCCGAGCGCAGCGAAAUUAUUUUCUCCUCGGAUUGCGCGCUCCGCCGACUGCCCUCGACACGGUGGUCUUGCUCUCAACAAAGCCCUUCUACUUCAGUCUCGGGCUCGACCUCAAUCAGCUCCCGCGACUCGAUGGUGGCCCUCAGCUGUCGUUUCAGGUGCUGAGGCGACAGAACGCGUUCAGCAAGCGAGGUAAUGUGACCCUCGCUCAUGCUCCCAAGUGUUGUCCUGUGCCUUCAUGA